AUGGAUAGAUCAAAUAUACAAGACCCACCCGAAUAUGAGGACCAAGAACAAUCAGAUCCAUUAAAGAAAGGUUGGAUGAUUGGAAGCCCACCACCAGCUGAUAAGAUAAUUAAGUUUAUUCAUGAAGAUAAUAAAUUCCCACAGAUGAGAUGGUCAUUGGCCAACAUUAGACAAUUGGUACCAACCGCUCAAAUCUCUCAUGGUCUAGGUCCAAUCUCAAAUCUACCACAACGUCCCCAUGAUAUCUCUCAAGUUCAAUGGGUCGAUGCCGAAGGAAACACUAAAACCUUUAUGGAUAUGAUGAAUUUGACCUAUACCGAUGGUCUCAUGGUUCUACACAAGGGUCAUGUUGUCUAUGAGAAAUAUUUCGGUGUUAUGAAUCCAACGAAACCACAUCUUGCAAUGUCCGUUACCAAAUCAUUCGUUGGAACAUUGGGUGCCAUUCUCGUACACGAAGGAAAGAUCGAUGAUACUAAGCAAGUGAUUCAUUACGUUCCAGAGUUGGCUCGUACUGCCUAUGGUGAUGCCACCGUUCGACAAGUCUUGGACAUGACCAUCUCUGUUAAAUACAGUGAAGACUAUUCCGAUGAAAAUGCAGAGGUUUGGAACUACAGUCAAUCCGCUGGUUCAAUGCCACGUCUUCCCGACUACGACGGACCAGAGACUCUCUAUGAAUUCCUUCUUACAUUGAGAAAGGAUAAAGAGCAUCAACAUGACGAACGUUUCUGGUACAAGACCGUCAACACUGAAAUCUUGGCCUGGAUCAUCAGACGUGUCACUCAGAAGCCAUUGGCUGUCUAUCUCUCCGAGAGAAUCUGGCAGAGAAUGGGUGCUGCCGACGACGCUUACUUCAUGGUCGACAGUAUCGGUACCGAGUCGGCAGGUGGUGGUUUCAAUACAUGUCUCCAUGAUCUCGCCAGAUUCGGUGAGGUCAUGCGUAACCGUGGUUUCUUCAAUGGCCAACAAGUGAUCCCAGCUGAGGUUGUCGAUGAUAUCAAAUUUAAUGGUGACAAGAAGAAAUUCGAACCCGCUGGUUAUCACACCCUCGAAGGAUGGAGCUAUCGUAAUAUGUGGUGGGUAGGUGAAGAUGCAGUCGGAGAGUUUGAGGCCAGAGGUAUCCAUGGUCAGAGAAUCCACGUCAACACAAAGGCUGAAAUGACCAUCGUUAGAUAUGCAUCACAUCCAUAUGCUUCCAACAUUAUUAAUGAUCCACCCACUCAAGCUGCCUACAGAGCAUUGGCCAACGCUAUCAUUUUUGAUAUUAUAAUUGAAUCGAUUUUAUAA